AUGCCGAGAAUCACUAACAGAAACAAAAACAAAAACAAAGCAACGGUGAGAAGAGCAUCCACAUCCCUUUCAUUUCAUGUUGGUGGUGUUGAGGAGGAGGAGAAUGGGCCUACCUUCUUCAAGAUCAUAAAGCCUGGAUUCAACACUAAGCAUCUAAGAAUCCCACCUGCGUUUCGGAAGCAUGUAUCACAUGAACUCACUACGAGGGCAAUCUUGAAAUUGGAGAAGUCAUCAGAAUCUUCCUGGACUGUUAUAGUAAGUAAAACAGGAAGGGACAUAUACUUGAAGGAUGGCUGGCAGGAGUUUCUAAGAGAUAACUCCCUAGGUGAUUCUGAGUUCUUAGUGUUUAGGUAUGACAAACACAUGCAUUUCACAAUUAAUAUUUUUGACAAGAACUGUGUCGAAAGAGUGAAUAUCGCCAACCUCAGAACAAGUGAAGCAUCCACCUUUCCAGACAGUUCUGAAAGGCCUUUGGCAAGACCACCAACAGGUAAUCAUCGAUAUGAGUUGUCUGCGGAAGCUGCUAAGGGGCUUAAAUCCGAAGGUGAACACCUUCCAAGACUUGCAGCUGCUGCAGCUUUCAGAUCCAAAUUUCCCUAUUUUACAAAAGUUCUUAAAAAAUCGAGGAUGGUGGCAAUCCCCACACGCUUCUAUAAGGAGAUGGUUCCUUCAAGAAAUUUUGAUAAAAUUUUCCUGACGACUUCAAAGGGAAAAUUCACAGUGACGCUUUAUACUUGCGCUGAUACAAUGAUGUUGUCUGGAGGGUGGUCUUCCUUUAGAAAUGAUAACCAACUCCAGGUUGGUGAUAUGUGCAUCUUUGAGCUUGUCAAAGAAAACACCAUGAAGGUUCACAUUUUCCGAAACUGA